CGUGCUGCUUGUGUUGGUUUUGCGAUUGUUACAACUGUAGCACGCGAGCGGCGCACUACAUCAAGGUAGCAAACAACAGCCUGUCUGCGAGAAAAGCUCUCUGUAGAUGCGUGGUGGAAUGUGUAUCUGAGAUUUUACUAGAAGACGCUGGACCAUAUGUUCAGAGAGCCUUCAUCUUAAUCAACUAAAAUCCCUCUGACAGCUCAUUGAAGUGCCUGCUUUCCUCCGCUGCCAUGGCUUCCACACCUCCACCUCUCAUGAAGAAGCAUAGUCAGACUGAUCUUGUGAGUCGCCUCAAGUCCCGCAAGGUCCUGGGUGUCGGCGGUGAGGAUGAUGACGGGGAGGUGCACAGGUCCAAGAUCAGCCAGAUGUUAGGUAAUGAGAUGAAGUUUGCUGUGCGUGAGCCCAUUGGUCUCCGACUCUGGCUCCUCAUCUCUGCAGUGCUGUUCACAUCCACAUCCUUAAUGGCCUUGGCUUUUCCCAGCCAGCUCUACGAGAUAAUAUUUGAGAUCACCACCUCAAGGAUCUCCAUCAGACUCUACGGAGGAGCCCUUCUAUGUAUAUCAUUAAUUCUUUGGAAUGGCUUGUACACAGCAGAAAAGGUCAUCAUUCAAUGGACGCUACUUACGGAAGCGUGUUACUUCGGGGUACAAUUUCUAGUGACUUCCAUCACCCUCUUGGAGAUGGGCACACUGUCCAACGGUGCAAUUGUUCUUCUUCUUAGUGAAACCUUCUUCCUCUUCGUCACCUUGAGUUACUAUCACCACCUUGGCCGGCGCUCCAAAAAAAUCUGAGGGAGGCCAGCUAUUUGUUAGAGGAGUAGUUGGAUACAGUAGCACCACUGUAUGGACCAAAUUAAUUUACACUUGACUGAAAAUCAAUCAGGGCAAUUUCCCGUUUAUAUAAGUACAAUAACUGGGUAUAUACUCUCAUUAGAUAUACAGGGCCACAGAUCAUCAAUAUUGUUUUUGUUACAUUAAGUUCACCACAGUGGGUAUAAUUAUUCGACUGCUGACUUUUUUGUAAAUGCAUUUUCUGAGAAUUUAUUGUAUGGAGGGUAGAUUUCUGACACAAUUAUAAAUGUCAGAGAAACCCAAAUGUGUCAGAUUAGUUUGCAAAGAUGCCUGCAAUUCAUGUCAUAUUAAGUAAGAGUUUCGUGAAUUUCCUCUAAGAAGGCAUAUCAUGACACAACAUGCAACAAAUAAUACAGGACAAAGGAUAAAACAAGAAAUAGCAUACAUACAAAAUUAAUAAAUACAAAUUUGAAUGAUAUUACAGAAAUACAGUUGUUACAUUCACUUGUAGUUACUACCAUUUCUAAUAGAAUUAUUUCAUUAAUAUUACCACCUCUGUAAUUCAGGUAAAUUGCAAUUAAAAUUCCAAAGUGAUGAACAUUGCAAAGUGAAGACUUUGCAAAUACAUUCCUUUUUUAAUUUAGGAUCCCAAUAGUGCAUUUUGUGAUAUGGUGAGAAUAAUGGAUGUAGUAUUAAAUGGUAUUUAACGUGUGUAUUUCAGAAAGUAACUUAUUAACUGUAGUUAAUAUAUAUUACUGUCAAAUGCAGCUCUGUGUCACUUCAAACAAAGAAAUUCUACCCCUACCUAUUCAGAUGUACAUUUUUUGUUUUACAUACCCAAUGGACAUUUGCACAACUGUUAUUUAAGUAAAUAGUGCAAUCAUAAACUUGGUAAACUCCCCUUUAAAGAGAAUAAGUCGAAUGAAAAAUCUUUUGAGGAUUCAGUUGAUUUUUCCAUGUUCUGAUCUCCAUGUUUUAUAGACAUUCAAGCCGCAUGUUAAUAAUGGUUUUACUCUUACACAUUUAUCUGUAUAUAUUAAAGGGACAGUAGUGCAACAGUUUUUUUUUAUUUUGGUUGAAAACUUCUGUGGAACAAAAAAGGAGUAUCAUAAAGAUAGUUCAUACAACUGAAUUCAAUUGAUGGUUUCUUUGUGUCUCAUUGACAGUGAACUUAAGAGAAUUUUCUGUAUUUGCUCACUUAUUAUUUUAACAACUACCAUUAUGCACAACAAUUGUACAUUUUAGAAGUGUAUGUAGUAAGAUAUGCUUUGCGUUGCAUGAAUUCAACAAUGCAGAUCGACAAUAGCGAUAAAAUGUAGCACUUUUAUAAAUCUUAAAUGCCAGAUUAUAUCAGUAAAAGAUAUAAUCAAUGAAUAAUACUUGUUCAAAUUCCACAGAGUGUUUAUUAAAAAUUAACUUGGCACGUUUAUUCAGCUUUUAUUGUCACUUUGAUGUAACCAUAAGCUAAUUUUGCAUUUCUUUUAUCAUACUAUCAACAUCUGGCCCAACAUUAGCACAAGUUAAUUGUGAAUAAUUUUAUAAAUGAUUAUUGUACUAGCAGGUGUUAUUCCUAAUAAAUAUAUGCUUCCAUCA